UCUCCCUUCUUGAAUACACACAACCUGUCCCGAAGCAAAUACUCAGCUUUGGUUAAUAGCUUCGAACAUGGCAAGCAAUGAUGAGGACUUUGAGGAAGAGGAGGUUUGGGCAACUGCGGUGGAUAGAAGAGAUCAACCGAGUCCAAAGCAGUCUGCAACAGUCAGUCGAAGCAGCGCUCCAGUUAGCAUCCCCGACUGGUCAAAGAUCUACAAGCAUGGCCGGGGAACUCAUGCGGAAGAAACUGGUGGCAGAAAAAACGACGAUGUCAAUGAUGACGAAGAAGAGGGCGACAAUGAGGAUGAUCGAGCUCCUCCCCAUGAAUGGCUUGCCAAGAAGAUGGCAAAAACUCAGAUCUCAUCCUCCUCUGUCUGUGAAGGAGCUGGGAGGACACUCAAGGGUAGGGAUCUAAGCAAGGUGAGGAAUGCCGUGCUCACAAAGACUGGUUUUCUAGAGUAAGAUAAGAUGAUAUAUAUAAUGUAGAGGUCAAACUUGGGUGUCCUCUACAAGGUGAGGUUCUUGUGAAUAAAGAGUGUCAGUAGUAGUCCCCUUCUUUCUUAUCUGUGUGUUUGGGGUUAUUUGUAUUCCAUAGCAGCAUUGAGAUUUUGUGGGCGUGAGAGAAAUGAGAUGUAAUCUCAUAUUUUGGCUUUGGUAAAAUUUGGCAUAUGACGGGCAGGUGAAAGACCUCUUGCUGCUAUAUGUGAAAGAACAUCAUUUCUUUUCCCGUUCAAACACUUGAUCUGCUUUGCUUCCUA